AUGCUUGUUGUCUUCGAUGUAAGGAGGAGGAGUUGCAAAAGUGCAAAAGUUGAAGAUAUAGUAACUCACGAAAGGGUCAAUAAAAAUCAGGAGGAAAGCAUUGUUGAGGAUGAGCCUGAUUGUCAGAGUGAUAUUUCAAUCUUUCAAAGUUUGAAAAAUCUGCAUAUCAGUAAUUGUGAGUUAUUGAAUGAUAUAUUCCCUGUUUCUUUUGUUGGAGAAUUGAAUGAUAUAACAAAUAAAGAGGCUGCUGAUUUGAAGACUUCUCUAGUCGGAAAUAAUACUCAAAUUGAGCUUCCUGCUUUACAAGUACUUCAACUUCGUCUUAUUGGGGACAGAACCAUUGUUGGUAGUUAUGAUGUGAUAUGUCCAUCUUUAAGAACACUAUCAUUGGAUAUUGGGAAAUAUGUUUGGUUUUUCAACAUAAAUUGUUCAAGCGAUGCUUCAGAAGCUACAAAAAGGGAUUCUAUUGCAAUCAAGAUAUCGAACUCAGAUUUUGAUCCGCCGGUUGAAAGUGUUGAAUGUCUUUCAAAACAACCAACAGGUUUGAACUUGAUUAUGACACACAAUAUUAGAGAGAUUGAACUGACAGGCUUUGAUAAGGCAAAGUACCUUUUUAAACUGUCCAUUGCUUUAUCAUUGACGAUGUUGGAAAUUUUGAGAUUAAAGGAAUGUCUUGGACUUGAGUACAUUAUAGACACUGAUGAUGAAUAUGGCAAAGAGAAUAUGAAAGCUAUCUUUCCCAACUUAAAAGACCUCACAGUGUAUGACUGUUUCCAAUUGAAAUAUAUGGUUGGGCAAUAUGACGUAGCUAAUAAGGAUUAUAAGGAGAUUCAUAUUCAAUUCUCAGCAUUGGAAAUACUCUUUCUUUGGAAUCUACCAAAAUUUGUUAGCAUUUGUUCUACCAACAAUCUCAUUGUGACGUGGCCAUCUUUGAAGGACUUUAGGUGUUACAAAUGUUUGUAUCCAUUUUAUGGUUCAAGAGAGCCUAUUAUCACAAGUACGAAGGUAGUCUUGUAUUUUUUUUCUUUUUAUGAUUAUUAAUUAAUUUUUCUUUUUUCGUUUAUGGGAAACGUAUCUAUGUUUGUACAUUAUGCUCUUAAUGUCCUACAGGAGUCCACGACAGGGAUUCAGAACCAUCUCCCCAAUUUGCAAACUCGUAAGAAUAAAGGAUUCUGAUGCAGAACGUAUUUUUGUCUUAAAUGAACAUGAAAUGAAGAUGGAUUGGGCCAACAAGUGAGUUAAGGUUUACAGA